AUGAAGAUGCGAGGAAAUAUAGUUAAGGAGAGAAACGCGUCUUUAUAUGUAGUUUUAAGAACAGAGCCAUUCACAGAGGACGAGAAGCGAACAGAAAACACACCAGAGAGAGAGGAGAAGCAGAAGAUGAUAGAAGGAAGGGGAGCAGCGGCGCCGCCGCACGGAGUGCUACUAGCAGUGGUGGUGGGGAUAGUGGUGGGAGUGCCAAUGCUGGUGGGAGAGCAGGGAGAAGCCAUUACUGGAGCGAUCGCGGAGCUUCUCACUCCCAUGGGUCUUCUCCUCGUCCCCAUCGUUCUCCUGCUCGUUAUACAGUUCUUGUCUUCAGAUCGAGGGUCAGUACUAUCAGGCAUAUUCUCUACUGGCGAACCUGAUUCAAUCCACCGCCUUAGCGGAUCCCCUGUUGGUGUGGCUCUAUUCCUCAUUCUCCUCAUCUUCCUCCUCUACAACCGCGUCUCAUUAUUCGGAUCCGACGAUGAUGGUGAGUAAAGCAAGUAGAGUAGAGCAGAGAGAGAGAGAGAGAGAGAGAGAGA